AGAAUCACUUUUUGAGCAAACGUUCAAAAGUGCAUUUGAUAGACAGUCGUUUAAAGUUUUCAUCAUACUUCGUCCGUUGUCUGACACUCGUCUCCGCGAGAUUAUCCGGAGUUCCGACAACUUAACACCAAAGUACUGUGUGGGGUGCAGGUUGCAGCCCAAACGCUGAACCAUGACCGCUGAGAAAGGUUGCAUAAACUGGCUAGCGAUCGGCUUUUCUUGCAUCGUUCACCUUCUCUUCCUGAUACCAGCUGUCUACAUCGUCAUCCUCUGCGCCCAGCUAAAUUAUUCACUUUUCAUUUGGCAUCCCGCAUGUUUCACGGUUGGGUGCUGUUUCCUGAUGACCGAGGCUGUCCUCGGUGUCUCCGGAGAAGCUCUCCUCGUCAAAUGGAUGUCAAGACCAGGUCGCAUCAGGCUUCAUUGGGUCCUACACAUCCUGGGUCUAGGGCUACUGGCGGUUGGUUUCGGGACAGUCGUUGCCAACAAGAUGAACCACGGAUCUCGCCACUUCCGGAGUGACCAUGCUCGCGUGGGUCUAGCAGGCCCUAUAUUGAGCGUCGUCGUAACCCUGAACGGUGUUCUUUGCCUGAACACGGGGGCCUGCUUUGGUAAAGUGAGCCUUGUGGCCCGGAAGGUGAUUCACAGUUGUUUGGGGAUAAUUACAAUGGCCCUGCUGUUAGCCGGGCAAAUAACCGGCGUCUAUAAGGGGUGGUGGCCCGGGACAGAGACUGGCAGAGAUUUAACCGUAGCCGCCUACAUCGCCGGUGGAAUUCUCCUCUGCGCCAAACCCCUUUACACGACGUUGUUGAGAAUGAGGACUGCGAUAUGUUCUUGAUCGCCGUCAUUGUAAUUCACACGUGUUUUAUCUAUGUUGAAAUUAAUAUAGGGUAAGAGAUUAUGAAUAAAGUAAAAAUUUCCUGCAA